UUCUUUUUUUGUUGAAGGAUGGUGUUGCAACUCCAACUCCUAAUACAACAAGGUGGUCAAGGCUCAACGGCGUUUCUCAAAUCGAAUCGGCUUCCCGUCCCCGUGAGGUCGCUCUACACUGAAGCUGAAGCUAAUAAUAAGAAAGACAAGAUGGCUUCCUCCGCCGCCUCCGCUCCCAAGUGGGCCCAGAAGACCAUCACUCUCCCUCCUCUUCGCCGUGGCUGCCACCUCAUAACUCCCAAGAUUGUGAAAGAAAUUGGUGAAGACUUGUCCCAGUUCAACGUUGGCCUGGCUCAUCUCUUCUUGCAUCACACGAGUGCUUCACUCACGAUCAAUGAGAAUUACGACUCUGAUGUUCGCCACGACACUGAGACUUUCCUUAAUAACAUUGUCCCUGAGGGAGCUUCUGCACCCUGGAAGCAUACGCUGGAAGGCCCCGAUGACAUGCCCGCACAUAUUAAAUCAUCAAUGUUUGGUUGUGCACUUACAAUUCCAAUUACCAACGGCAAACUUAACAUGGGAACUUGGCAGGGAAUAUGGCUGUGUGAGCACCGUGAUUACCCUACUGCUCGCAAAGUCGUCGUCACCCUCAAUGGAAUCUGAGAGUCAUCUACGAUUUUGGAGAUUUUCUCAGCUUCUUUUUUUUUUUUUUUCUUUUUUUUCAGUGGCUAUGCAUUCCAAAAUGUACUGUUAAGACCUGUUGAUCGAUUGG